AUGUCAGUCUGUGAAAAUGCCAACCGUGGCAGUGGUACCUCGGAAAUCCAAUCUCGAGGAAGCAGUAUGGUGGCGUCUGAUGGAGGAGAACGCAGAUCUAAUGAGAACAAGUCCUCUACAACCGUUUAUCUGGACUCGAACACGUCAAUCCUGUUACAAACUGCCAUUGCUCAAGUCUCGAGGGUUCAUCAGUUGCAUCCUGUGGUGAAAAUGAGCAUCUUAUUCGAGAGUGGCAGCCAGAGAAGUUACAUAUCAGAACGCGCAAAGGCGAAACUAAAUUUACUCCCCAAGAAAGAGAAGCUACUUAUCAAGACGUUUGGUCAAGAGAAUGAGCAAUUAAAGGAAUGUGAUGUCGUCGAGUUCUGUGUCAGUGGACUGAGUGAAAGCUCAAAGGUUCAGAUGACUGCCCUUGCAGUCCCUCUCAUUUGCAGUCCGUUAAAGGAUCAAGCUGUGCAAUUUGCACAACAGUCUUACAGUCAUUUGGCUGACCUGGAACUCGCAGAUCACCCAACCGAAGACUGUGGUUCAGAAGUAGAUCUAUUGAUUGGAAACGAUUUCUACUGGUCUUUCUUUACUAGAGACAUGAAACGGGGGAUAUCAGGACCCGUGCCGAUGAAAAGGAGUCUUGGAUGGGUGUUGCCUGGACUCAUGCCCCACGCACCUGGUUCGGGUUCUGAUGUUAAUCUGGUGACAUGCCACACCCUGAGGCUUAACACUUCUAGCUGUGAUGACCUAAAUAUCAGUCUAAAGGAUGAAGACCCCCUAGUAGAACAAGUAAAGAAGUUCUGGGAGUUAAAAAGUAUCGGUGUGUCACUACACGAGGGGACAGCACACGACAAGCUCUUGGACACCAUUCGCUGGUGCGAUGAUCGUUAUGAAGUCUCUCUACCUUGGAAGGAACAACACACACUGUUACCGGACAACUAUGCAUUAGCAGUCUCACGCCUGGCCUCUGUUCUAAAGCAUCUGAGAGGAAACCCUGAACUAUUCGCGGAGUACAGUCGCAUUAUUGACGAGCAAUCGUCGCAAGAAAUAAUCUCUGAUGCAGAUCCCAACGCGCCAGUCCAGCUUGGUCGCCUUCAUUACUUGGCACAUCAUCCAGUCGUACGUGAGGACAAGCAGAGAACCAAAGUAAGAAUAGCCUAUGAUGCAUCUGCCAAGUCUACUGGUCCAUCGUUGAACGACUGUAUACAGGCUGGUCCUUCACUAACAUCUGAAAUACCUGACGUCUUAAUGCAAUUCAGGUACCACCAAGUUUCCUUGGUCGCCGACAUUGAAAAGGCCUUCCUGAUGGUUCAAGUCGCGAAAGCUGACCGAGACGUUUUCCGAUUUCUGUGGAUAAAUGAUCCCACUAGCGAAGAUCCUAACACUGCUGUAAAAUGUUUCAAACGUGUUGUGUUUGGAGUCACCAGUUCUCCCUUUCUGCUGAACGGGACAGUUAGACACCACGUGUCUAAUUAUGAAGCCGAGGAUCCGCAGUUUGUUGACGAUUUUCUGAGUUCGCUCUACGUAGAUGACUUCGAUGGGGGGAAAGACAGUUCCGGAGGCUUUCCAGCUCUACACAAAGGCCAAGUCUAG